AUGGAUCCAUGGUCGCGAGCGGCGGAGCGAGGGCGUGGCGACGACGUGCGCGCGCGGCGUGGAAGUGGACGCGGCGUCCGGAAGCUCGAGCGUUUUUUCAUCGACCGUUUCGUCGACGGUCGACGCGUCUCAUCAGUCUCGACGGACGGAUUUUUCCUCGGUCGAGACGAGCGAGGGAGCCGUGGCGGCGCGUCGUGGCUCCUCGGGGCGUCCGCGCGGCGGCACUCCCCGCGCCGCGCUCUCGACGUCAUGAGUCGCAUCCUCCCGUCGCCGCAUAGCGCGAUCGAACUCGAGACCUGCCGACGGCGACGCGCCGCCGCCGCCGCCGCCGCGCCGGCGGCGGCGACGACGCCGACGCCGACGCCGACGCCGACGACCGCGCCGGCGAAGCGCAAGCGCGCGCGCCCGCCGAAGAGCGAGAACGUCGUCACCGCGUCGUCCGCGCCGCCCGCGCCGCGCCCGCGCGCGGCGGCGGCGACCGUCGCGCGCGUCGGCGGCGCGCGACGACGCAAGAGCGCGCCGGGGAAGCUCCAGAAGAAGACGACGCCGACCGACGACGACGACGACGACGACGACGACGACGACGACGACGACGACGUGCGCGCGGACCCUCGACUCGGCCGACUCGUCCGCGUCCUGCGACGGUCCAUGCGCGGCGACGGCGAGGUCCGCGCGCGAUGGAUCGACGGCGUGACCACGGAGCGCGUCAGAGAGGCGUCGUCGCGACCCCCGCGAGCGCGAGCGCCUUCGCGGGUCGAUCGACGCCUGUACUUUGUGUGCGUCGGGUCGUUCGCGUCCGCGGAGGCGGCGCAACGCGCGUUCGACGUCGUCGAGGCGAACGGCGGGGACGUGCCGUUCAUCCCCGAGCCGUUGGAUCUGAGAGCGAUGGAAGAGGACGGGACGGUGGAGUACCUCGACCUGGAGGAGUACCCGCACCCGAGAGAGACGGAGAGGGCGGCGGGGGCGGCGGGUCCGCCGCCUUUGAAACGUUUGGCGGGGGGGGAGCCGCCGCCGCCGCCGCCGCCGGCGGCGGUCGCGGCUGCGGGUAUUCACGCAGGCGGCGGCGCCCCGGUGUCGAGUCCUGCUCGCUCGCGCUCGAGCACGGUCGUCGUGGCCGGCGCGGAAGAGGACUCGCGCGCGCCGUGGACGCUCGUCACGAGGGAGGUGAUCGUGGCCGAGGCCGAGGCGCGAUCGCGAUUUCGCGGCGGCGGCGGCGGCGGCGGCGUCGUUGACACGCCGCCCGCGUUACUCGGGUCCGUGGCCGCGCGCGUGGACGCGCUCAUCGCGGACGUGUGCCACGACGUCGCGGAGGAAGCAUUCGCGGAGACGUCCACGGCCGCGGCCGCCGCGGACGCGAUCCGCGUCGCCGCGGAGGCGAGGACGAACGAGUUGCGCGCGGCGGCGGCGGCGGCGGCGGCGAGACGCGAGGAGAAGACGCCGACGCUGACGCCGACGCCGACGCCGACGCCGACGCCGACGCCCGGGAGCGUCCUCCCCAACACCCCCGCCGUCGCGCGCGCGCGCGGGGGCGCGACAAAGGACGCGAACGCGACGCGCCUGAGCCCGGCUCCCGCGGAGAUGGGAGAUAUGGAGGAGCAGGCGCCGCUCGCGGAGGCGUCCGAGCCUCUGCGCGACGACGACGACGACGACGACGACGACGACGACCGCGGCGGCGAGGCGCCGGGACCGCGGCGACGGCUGGCGGACGCGGCGACGCAGACGGACGACCCCGACGUCGUCGUCUCAUCGUCGCGCGAGAGCGCGCGGUGGGCGCUGGAGGAGAUGCGCGGCGCGAUCGUCGAGGCGCGCGACGAGCUGCGAGCCGCGAUUCGCGACGUCGGCGGCGGCGUCGCGGCGUCGGCGGCGGCGGCGGAGAAAGCGACGCGCGCGCUGCGGCGCGACGUGCGGUGGCUCGCGGGCGCGGGCGCGGGCGCGGGCGCGACGACGGGGGGUGGGGGGAUGGCGGCGAGACCGUGCGGGGUGACCACGAGCGCGCCCGCGUGA